AUGUCUCUUCCGUUUGAGAAGUUAUGGUUUUGGUCAACAAACCGUUUAACCAAUGGUGGCUUAGGCCAUUUACACCAAAAAACACCAAUUUUGGUAUAAUUCCAUCUCAAACAAAACACUAAAAUUGAUACUAUCCCAUUAAAUUUGAUGUAAUAUUAUUCAUCACACCAAAUAUAUGCAUAUUUUAUUAUGUUUCAUUUAAUAAUAUAACGAGACUCAAACUUAAUCCACACUUGAUGAUUUAAGUUACAUAACUAAGUUUGAGUCUCGCCACAAAUUUUUAAGUCCACACAUGGCGCUUUAAGUCAUAUAACUAAGUUUGAAUCUUGCUACAAAUCUUUAAGUCCACACCUGGCGCGCUUUAAGUCACAUAACUAAGUUUGAGUCUCACCGCAAAUUUUUAAGUCUACACCUAAUGCUUUAAGUCACAUAACUAAAUUUGAAUCUCGCUACAAAUUUUUAAAUCCACACCUGACGCUUUAAGUCACAUAACUAAAUUUGAUUCUCGCUACAAAUUUUUAAGUCCACACCUGACGCUUUAAGUCAUAUAACUAAGUUUGAGUUUGGCUAAGUUGUUUAUCAUACUCACACAGUAUACGAACAUGCCUACCUUACCAUACUUUAUGGUUGUAAUUAUUUUGAACGUAUCUUCCGUACCUUUGGUACUAUGAUGCAGUUAGAAUCACAUUUGCAUAUAAUCAGAUGAAAAUGUUUUAUAGUCAUCUACUUGCCAAAACAGUGACAAUCUACAUUAUGUACAAAGCAAAUCAAAUCCUUAAUCUUAGGUGAUGACUGGAUAAAUGAAAUUAAAAGAAAAAAGUACUCCAAAUAUGAAUUGUAUGGAUCAUGGAAGCAACACUUCAGGACAUAUCUAAUAUAAUGUAAAUCAUAUAUUUUUAGACUAAUACUACAAAUUUUUUUCUAAAUAAAACUUAUAAAAAAAACAAUUUCUACCUGAAAAGAGUAGAAAAAGAAGAGAAAUAACCUUUUACUAAAUAAAAGAGUCAAGACUAAAAUUAAGAUACUCUCUUAUUAGUAAUUUUAACAUAUUUUCUCCCAAAUAAUAAAGAAUGAUACUUCAUACAAAAAUGAUUUUCUUUCAUGAAAACAGUUUUUUUUUAAAGAAUCAAAAAGACUAGAAAGAAAAGAAAAAAUAGAUUACAAAAAGUCAAACGAUCCCGCUUCAAAGCCUCCUCUUUUAUAGGAAACUCUUCUUCUCCCUCAUCAUCAACCACCAAAUCCACACAAAUCUCUGUUCUUCGUUUCCGAAGAACAAAGUUUUCUUGACUCGCAAGAAACCCUAAUAGUAAUAAUACUCAAAAAAACUUUUCUUUUUUAUUUUGUAAUUAAAAGUUUAGAUUUUUCACAAUGGGGAAGGAGAAGAAAACAGAGUCAUACGACAAUGGAAGCUACAACUACAAAAUGUUCAAAUGCUUCAACCGCAAAUUCAAGAUCAACGAAGUCCAACCUACAGACGACGUCCGCGACGCCUUCUGCCAGUUCUCCGUCGGCGGAAGCGGCAGAGGAGCCGGAGGCGACGGUGAUUCCAGCGACGACGGCGUUAUGGGGGCAGAGCAGCUCUGUUCUUUCCUCGACGACAACCAAGUCAACUCAGCAACCACCGUCGCCGAGGCUCAACGUUUAAUCGACGAGGUCAUACGACGGCGACACCACGUCACGCGGUUCACACGUCACGGCCUCGACCUAGACGAUUUCUUCAACUUCCUUUUCUACGACGAUCUCAAUCCUCCCAUCACUCCUAACGUGCAUCAAGACAUGUCAGCUCCAUUGUCGCAUUACUUUAUAUACACGGGGCACAACUCGUAUCUCACGGGGAACCAACUAAGCAGCGAUUGUAGCGAAGUCCCUGUGAUCAAAGCUUUGCAAAGAGGAGUUCGUGUCAUUGAGCUUGAUCUUUGGCCUAACUCUACUGGAACAGAUAUCAAUGUUCUUCACGGAAGAACGCUCACGACCCCUGUACCGCUGAUCACAUGCUUGAAAUCGAUAAGAGAUCAUGCGUUUUCAAGCUCGCCUUAUCCGGUUAUCAUCACCUUAGAGGAUCAUCUUACUGCUGAUCUUCAAGCCAAAGUGGCUGAGAUGGCUACGCAGAUAUUUGGACAAAUGUUGUAUUACCCUGAAUCAGAAAGCUUAGAAGAGUUUCCUUCUCCUGCUUCACUGCUUCAUCGGAUAAUCAUCUCAACUAAACCACCUAAAGAGUAUCUUGAGUCAAGAAACCCUAUUGGUAAACAAAAGGAGAAUGGUAAUGUAUCUCCAUCUUCAGAGGAGGAAACGCCUGGAACUGAGGAGAUUCAGACACUAGAAAGUAUAUUGUUUUACCAAGAUUGUGACAACAAGAGUGAUAGUGAUCAAGAGGAAGAAGAAGCGAGUGAAGAUCAGAAACCAGCAUAUAAAAGGUUGAUCACUAUUCAUGCUGGGAAACCAAAGGGAACGGUGAAGGAAGAGAUGAAAGUUGUGGUUGACAAAGUGAGACGUUUGAGUUUAAGUGAGCAAGAACUUGACAGGACUUGUUCAUCCAACAGUCAAGAUGUUGUAAGGUUUACACAGAAGAAUUUGCUUAGGAUAUACCCUAAAGGGACAAGGUUUAACUCCUCAAACUACAAACCACUUAUUGGUUGGACUCAUGGAGCACAAAUGAUUGCAUUCAAUAUGCAGGGAUAUGGGAGAUCUCUGUGGUUGAUGCACGGUAUGUUUAGAGCCAAUGGAGGUUGUGGAUAUGUCAAGAAACCUAACUUCUUGAUGAAGAAAGGGUUUCAUGACGAAGUCUUUGACCCUAAGAAGAAACUUCAUGUUAAAGAAACGUUAAAGGUGAAAGUAUAUAUGGGAGACGGAUGGCGUCUGGACUUCAGUCACACUCAUUUUGAUACAUAUUCUCCUCCUGAUUUCUACACUAAGGUGUUCAUAGUGGGUGUACCAGCAGAUAACGCAAAAAGGAAGACAAGAGUAAUAGAAGACAAUUGGUAUCCAAUUUGGGAUGAGGAGUUCAGUUUCCCAUUAACAGUUCCAGAGCUUGCAUUGCUUAGGAUCGAAGUCAGAGAGUAUGAUAUGUCUGAUAAGGAUGAUUUUGGUGGACAAACAUGCUUACCUGUAUCAGAAUUAAGACCCGGGAUUCGAUCUGUGCCUUUGUAUGAUAAGAAGGGUGAGAAAAUGAAGUCAGUACGGCUUCUAAUGCGUUUCAUCUUCGAAUGAUUUGGAUUAAUAGAGAUGGAUGUGUUUUGAGAGAAGCUGAACACCAGUGUAAUAGAAAGCUGUUGAGGUAUUGUAUAAUGUAGCUUGAAGAUCAAAUGGAUCUUUGCUCUGAUAUCUCCAAUAGUGUUUCAAACAUAUCGUAUUGAAGAACAUUUAAUUAUAUAGUCUACAAUUUUUUUUACAAUAUGUAAAAUAUAAUGUAAGAAGAUCCAUACUUGGAUUGAAUUCAUUCAUAACUGAGAUGUAUAGAAUUUUACAACAGUGUGAUGGAUAUUCAGCUUAUAUUCUAUUCGUCAUCUUCUUUGUUAAGUUAUUUGUUUUUCUACAAAAUCUCCAAAUUCAUCUUUAUAUAACAUUACGUAUCUGUAUCUCUCAACUUCAAGCAGUUCUUUAUACCAAAAACUUCAAUAAAAUAUAAUUCAAGGGGAUACUUUUGCUGGUCUAACCAGCUUGGUUGUUAAUAUUAUAUAUACUGUUAUUAAUAAUAAUGAUAGACAAGAUAAAACAUUAUUUGAAAUUUAGGGAUUAGGGAAUAUAAGAAACCUUUUGUACUUUAAGAAACAGUUUCUUAGUUAAAAAUUAAGAAACAGUUUCUUAUAUUCCCAUAAGAACCCCGCCCUAAAAAACUCUGAAUAAUGAUGCUCUUAGAUCAUGAUGAACCUCAAUCUUUUAAUUAGGAUUCUUAGAUUCGAUAAAAAGCAGUUUUUAAUUUUUCUUAGAUUUUAACUAAGAAAAACUAAAAACGUCUUUUAAAUAAGAGAUAUAAGAGUUAUCUAUAAGAGUUAUCUCUUAGCCAAAAAAUGUAAAAAAACAAAAAUCAAAUCAUUAGUUAAGAAUUCUGGCUAAGAAACCGGAGUUAAUCAUGCGCUAAAUGCCAAACGAGUGUUGAAUAACUUAAAUGUUUGGCACAAUUUACCAAAUAUGAACAGACACAUAAGAAAAAGGAGAGAACAUAAGUGUACUAUACUAUAAAUGGGAAAAGUGAAAAAAUACUAGGUCGACGUGGUGGAGCAUGAGAGAGAUGAUAUGUAAUUUGUUCUUUAGGGCCCGUGAUUCUAGGGUCCCCGUGAUUGUAUAUCAACAGUCUUGAUUCUGCGUAGUGCGUUUGGCCUUUGUUAUUGGUGUCUUGUCCAGAGCGGGUCCUGAGAUUAACGUAUUCACUUAAGACCACAAUCGAAAAGAGAAAAAGUGGCUGGUUUUAUACAUUUUUUCAGAAAAAUUGGCUGUUUUAAAAGCUAUAUUUUCCAGUGAAAUUGGUGGCCGCAAGCGGUUGCUUGCUUUGCUUUGCCUUAAGGCCGUCUCUGGUCUUGUCUCUGUCUCUCUCCAUCUGUCUCCCUCUCAGAUUAAGAACAACGUGUGAUUACCCACCCUCUCCCACCCAAAUAAGUAGUGGUCCGCUGUCCGCAUGGUUACAGUCAAGUAGUAGGCGAGAUCUAGAAAUGUUCUAAAACACUUCUUCCAAGAUUUGAAUUUUUCAUCGAAACAAAAAUUACAGUUAUGUGGAACUUAGAUUUCGGCCUAAACAAUUUAUCUGGUAAUUUGCUAAUAGAUAAUCAAACAUUAGAUGAUUUAGCUAUCCUAAACAGUAGUCAGAAAGCAUUCUAAAUUUGGAUAAGACAAUGUAAUUACUUUCCAGAGAAAAGUUCAAUAUGUAAUAUUAAGUGUUUUUCUACCAGAAUUGAUCAAAUCAGCCUAUCAGAAAAAAAGAGAAUAGUAGUCCACUCUAAUCUUUACUACAGCUGUAAUUAACCGUUAUGUAUUGGAAUAUCUCAAUAUCCUUAUGCUUCUUUCAACAACAAAAAUACAAUUUGAUAGUUUUCUUACUGUGGUUUCAGAAUAGUAUGGGUUAAAUAAUUAUACGGGAUUUUUACACAAUUUUAAAAUACUACUAUAGAGUCUGGAGUCGACAUUCUUUGGUUAUAUAUGUUGGCCAUCCGUAUACAAAACUUAGAGAAAAAUUGUUCACGUCUCUUUCUUGUAUGUACAUCUUUUAAAUAUUUGAGAUGAAUGAUAAACCUAUUGUUUUAUUGUUUAGCUUCAACUUUUUUGUUUGCUUAUUAUUAUUGUGAACAAAUAACGUUGAAGUCCCGUGGCCGUCGGUAUACUUAAACAAGAGACAAACAUAUCUUGCUCCUUUCAGUUAAAAAAAAAACAUAUCUUGCUCCUUCAUGUUUGAUUCGUGAUUUUUUUUUCCAUCUCUUUUUAGAGAGCUUAGUUUGUAAAUUAGAUACUAAAGACAUGCAAUGCUAUUAGUUUCUUCAGAUUCUAUAAUUGCAACAAAAUUGCAACGUUACAUAUAAUGGAAACUUCAUCAUUUCUAUAAUAUAAUAUUAUCUCGCAUUGUCCCCCACCCUCCCUAAUGGAUUGAAUGACCCUUCAAAUCUCAACUUUUCAAAAUGUCACUCUUUGCUCUCUUUUGUUUUGUUCAUCAUUUUGAUCUUUUUAAUUUGUCUUUUUAUAGGUGUUAUAAUUAUGUUGUCGUCUGAUCACAAUAAUAUCUUAUGAUAACAUACGCGCAUGUGCGGAGUGAGUUUUUAUACUAAUAUUUGUUUAUUAAAUAGUUAUAACAUUUUGCAACACUAUGAUAUUUAUCGAUGGUAAAAUGACGAAUACAAAAAUUACAUUAGCUCAUCCGAAAAUUAAGAAAACAAAAAGAAAACAAAGACACUUACCACUAGUUAACUACAAAUUGGACAAUAACUCAAAGUCCUUGUAUAUUCAGUUAGACCGGACGAGAUCCAUAUUGAUAGCCAACUAUGAUGGUAAUCAUAGAAUAAAUUAACAUAGUUUUAUCAUGCUUGUUUACUCUCUUUUUUUUCAAAUAGAUAUUGAUGCAGUUUACAUGAUUAUAUAUAUUAAAGAUUUGAUGUGAUGCGCAUUACAAGAAAAAUGUGUCAAUUAAAGGUUGAUGUACCAACUAAAGAUGAAUAAAACAUUAGAGGUCACCACACCCAUUAACAAGCGACACAGUUGAAGAUGUAAUAUAUAACAAAAGGAAUUGUUGAAUCAAACUCAAUUAGUGACAUGGGGUCCACUCUUCAUUUAUUUGAUCUUUUCAACAACACUUCUUAUAUCUUAUAUUGAUUAAAUUUGCACCAUUUACAUAUGCUUUUCGAUUAGUCAUAUGCUAGCCUUUCACUGUCGGUUAAACGAUGAUUUUAAAGAGAUACGUUUGGACUUGAACAUUAGAUUCGACGACAUUAUAGUUGAGUCAUAGUCAACUCCUAGAGCAUCUCCAAUGGUUAGUUUUAUUUUUAUCUUCAAAAGUUCACUUUCUUCAAAAUUAAAUAAAAAAUGAAGUAACAUUCACUCCAAUAGUUUGCUUCAUUUUUUUUUUGAAAAAAAUAUAUUCCAAGUAUAGUUUAUCUCCACUUUAUCAUUAAUUACUAAUCAAUCUUUAUACUUUUUCAUAUUUACUAAUUUUAUCUAACUAUUUUGUUUUAACAAUAAUCCAACACAAUUAUUAUUUAAUAUAAAUUACAUUAUCAUAUAAUAAAUUUAUAACAUAACAUUUUUAAACAAACAUAAAAUAUCAUAUUUUGUAAAAAAAAGACCAUACAUAUUUUUUUUCCUAUGUGAUUAACAAAAGUGUUUAUAAGUAAAAGAUGAGAUUAUUUAUCUUCGAUUUUUUUUAAUACAGUUGAAUGUUCGUAAAAAUGGAUAUUCAUAUGGUCUUCGAUAUAAACAUCUGAUUAGAUGAAAAUAAUAGUCAAAAAUUUGAUAUUUAUUGGAUAAUAUUAACGUAUAUAAUUUAUUUUGUAAAAUAUAAGAAUAAAUAAAAGUUAAGAACUAAUUUACAAUAUAUAAAGUUUAUCUUUAAAAAUGAAGAUAUACACAGUAGAUCUUUAAAUUUGAAAUAACAUUAUUCACCGCUUAAUUUUGAAGCCAAAAAUGAAGUAAGGUUGGACCAAAUAUUACUUGAAGUAGGAUAGGAGAUGGUAUUACACUCUAGGCCAAUGGAGUGACAAUAUUAAUGAUUUUAUUAUUAAAAUGAUCGUAAUCAUGGUGCCUAUAGAUAAUAUAAAAAUUGACUGGAUGAUUAUACCAUAUAACAAAUUCAAUAGAACAGAAAUACAACAGAUUUGUGAUAGGUUUUGAAUGCAUGAAAAGACUACUGCUACCCCUCAGCUAAGCUAUGAGAAGGCAACAUAAAACACUAUUUUAUCAUGUAUAUAAUGAAAAUACCAUCAUUUAAACACUUUGAACAUGUUUUUUUCUAACUCAGUUAGACUUUUACUGACUAAAAUGGAAUUGAUUCUAACAGCCAAACAAAGUGUUGAACAACGAGAGAAGAAAAAAACAAAGACUAGUUAAGAUUGUAUUUCAGUCAAGUUUACGUUAUAAUUCCAAAAUACUUAUAAUAUCGAUAAUUUUUGAUAAAUGGAAUUAUUUAGUUUUUUUUAAUGAAUCAUGAGUAGCAUGAUUUCGAUAAAUUUGUCUCUGUCCAAUGUAGUUUUAAAUUUUGAGUUUAAGAUAAUAAAAAAAAGAAAAUCAAAUAGUAGAUUUUUCAAAUUUUACUUCAUGUUGUAUUAUAUUCAAUUUGAAAAAAAAAGCCAGCUUCAUGUUUCACAAAAACAUUUUUAUUUAAUAUUUCAAUAAGUUUUUGUUAGUCAUUUUCUACUAGUGUCUGGGUGGAAAACGUCAACGAGGGGGAUAUUGGUUCCCUAAAAAAGAAACCUUCACUUUUAUUGAAAAAUAUAUCAUGUGACACAUUCAUUGAUAUGUAAAAAGCUGUCCUAUGUUAACUUAUAUGAUUGUGAAAAUAGAAUCAUUGUUUUACUUUCAGUGGUAAUGCUGCAUACAUGUAAUAUAAAUAUUGCAUCAAAUAUGAAUGGUUUUGCCACAUGUAAAUUUGUAUGAUUUAACUGAAAUUCAUAUGUUUUAGCUGAUAUCCGUUUCAGACUAUUUCAUAAAAUGUUGUCUCAGUAAUUUAUUAGAGACUAUAUUUGAGAAUUUUUUUUGUUAAAAUGUGACAAGGAGAAAUAUGUAACACAGCCGAGGGGCGUGAGUCAACAAAAAAUCGAAUAAAAAAAAAACUGAGUAUACAAAGAAGAGAGGAGAUUUGUGAGAGAAGAAACAUCGUUAAUUUUUUUUUUUUGAUGUUAGUCUCUGAUACCUUGACAAAUUUGAAUUGGGAAAACUUAACCUUGUACUCCUUUGGAUCCUUAGAACUUAAACUUAUAUAUUACAUACAAAGUAGACCUAAAGAAAAAAAGUAUACCUAAAAGGUAUCUUUAAAUCGAAAUGAAACUUGAUAAAAAAAAAAUCAAAAUGAAACAUAUACAAAAUAUAUACUUA